AUGCUGCUCCAGUCUUCGAUUCCCGCUUCCGACAAGAGCCCUGACCGUGGCCGCUUCAGACAGGCAUUCAAUGUACUGCUGGAGCAAAUAGGGAACCCAGCUGAAUUUGAGCUUCCAGAUUGGUUUGGCAAAGGGAAGCCUCUCCCCUACACCUUCAUCAAACGGAACAUAUAUCUUACCAAGCGAGUUAAAAGGCGCCUUGAGGAUGAUGGAAUAUUCUGUUCCUGCACAGCAUCACCAGGUUCUACUGGUGUGUGUGAUAGAGAUUGCCAUUGUGGGAUGUUGCUGUCCAGUUGCUCCUCAGGCUGCAAAUGUGGGAAAUCUUGUCUCAACAAACCGUUCCAGCAACGGCCUAUGAAAAAGAUGAAGAUGAUACAGACUGACAAAUGCGGAGUUGGGAUUGUGGCUGAUGAAGAUAUUAAACAAGGAGAGUUUGUGAUAGAAUAUGUCGGAGAAGUUAUUGAUGAUAAGACCUGCGAGGAGAGGCUGUGGAACAUGAAACACCGUGGAGAAACAAACUUCUAUUUAUGUGAAAUUAACCGAGACAUGGUUAUUGAUGCCACAUAUAAGGGAAACAAGUCAAGAUACAUAAAUCACAGUUGCUCUCCUAAUACCGAGAUGCAGAAAUGGAUAGUUGAUGGGGAAACCAGAAUUGGUAUAUUUGCAACUCGGGACAUUAAAAGGGGGGAGCAUCUUACCUAUGAUUAUCAGUUUGUACAAUUUGGUGCAGAUCAAGAUUGCCACUGUGGGGCUCCCGACUGUAGGCGCAAGCUAGGUGUUAAACCUACCAAGCCUAAUAAGAUGUCGUCAGAUGCAGCGUUCCAGUUUGUUGCAUGCCAGGUUGCAGUUGCAUCUCCUGAAUUCAAAGCACUUCUGUCCAGGAAGGAUGUUUUUCAAAAUGGAAGAUUGCAUAUAGGGAGUUCGGGGCAUGCUCAUGAUAGCCAUCAGUCCUACCCUAGUUGCAUUGGCAAGGUGAUCAGAGUAUACUACCCCAGAAAUGAAAGAAGUUUCGGGAUUAUUAGACAGUUUGACAAUUAUUCUAGAAAACACAAGAUCAUGCUUGAGGAUGGUACCAUCAAAUUUCUGGACCUUUCUAAAGUAGACUGGGAAAUCUGUGAUUCUGGCUCCAGGUUAGACUAA